GUCGAAAUAUUCUUUCUUCAUUAAAAUAAAAAAUGUGAUUUGGACGAUUCGUUUUACAAAGAUUUAGUCAUUCAUAUGACUUACGUUGAUUAAAUUAUGCACCAUAAAUUAUUACAGAAUGGCAUCUAUGGUAGCCAUAAUAAUGAUGGGCAGUUUGCGAUUAACGGCUUUGUUAGUAAUCAUCACGUUCGUCAAAAAUUUUCUUUGAUCUCAUUAUUAUCUCGUAUCUCAUUGCGUCGAUGGCUAAUCAUAUCGAUUGUGUUGACAAUCAUUUCAUUCUUUUAUUUUAAUGAAUUGAUACCAAAUCAAUUUCGAGGAUGGAUAAGAAUACCACCACAGGUUAAUUUUUAUUGUUUUCGUGCACGAAAUCCCUCCAAUUCUAUCGAAGAUUAUGGUCAAUUAUUGUUUUCCACAAAGUUCAAAUCAUCAUCCAAUCAUAGAUUACGUUCAGACAGUAGAAUUCUGUUAUUUGUUGAAACACAAUAUUCGCGUCUUGGACGGCAACUAAUCGAAAUAUUCGAAUCACUUCGAUUCAAAUAUAAAGCCGAGUUAUCGGGUCGACCAUGGUCAACGACAUCAUUCACAAAUCAAGAUAAGGGAAAAUUCUCGAUGAUAAUAUUUGAAAACUUGCAGAAAUAUUUCAAAUUAAGUAAAUACAGUCGUCAAUUAUUGGAUGAUUAUUGUCGACAAUUUCAUGUUGGUAUCAUCGGUUUCAUUGUAAAUAGCAACAAUACUGCAAACGAAUCUUCAUCGACAAUCAUUUCACAAUAUUUGGAUGCUAACUAUCCUGUAAAGAUUAAAAGUGGUUAUAAACUUAAAGACUAUCAACUAAAUCCAGCUGCUACAAAUUUUUUGCAUAUUACACGUGCUGGCACAAUCAGUCUUGGUCCAAUCAUUGGUAACGAUUGGUUCAUUUUCGAACCACAUCGUAUAUCUAAUGUCACAAUCCUUUAUCCAAACUCAUUCAUUCCUAUAGCUCAAGCUUUGACAAAUGAUUUCUUUGUCGAUACUUAUCCUGGUGGAUAUCGUUAUUCAACAUUUAAUCGUAGUCAUGUUCAUUCUAUACAAUUAAAACAACAACAAAAUAUUGAUAAUUAUAAGGCACAUCUAAUGACAACAGUAUUACUCGAUAAUGGUUCCUUCGAUGGCAUCCAACGAGUACUAUUCGGUAAUGGUUUUGAUCAUUGGCUUCAUAAAUUGUUGUUUAUCGAUUCCCUGCAUUAUCUUUCCGAUGGAAAACUAAGUCUGCCAAUUAAACGUUACUUUCAGAUUGAUAUUGAUGACAUUUUCGUUGGUGAGCGUGGGACCCGAAUGAAAAAGGCCGAUGUUGAUGAAUUAGUUGAAUUUCAAACUCGUCUUCAACUUUUCAUACCCGGAUUUCGAUUCAAUGUUGGAUUUUCCGGAAAAUAUUUCCAUCGAGGUUUCGAUUCGGAAAAUCAAGGUGAUGAUCAAAUGAUACGUAUGGCUAGAAAUUUUCGUUGGUUCUGUCAUACUUAUUCGCAUAGUCAGGCGCAUAUUACAAUGAAUCAAACAGCUAUUGAAAUUGAAAUGAUAACUAAUCAAGAAUUUGCUAGCAAAAAUAAUCUGCCUGUCGAUAGUGAUUACAUUGUUUCACCACAUCAUUCGGGUGUGUAUCCUGUACAUGAACCAUUGUAUGAUGCUUGGAAGGAUGUUUGGAACGUACGGGUUACGAGUACCGAAGAAUAUCCACAUUUAAGACCGGUUUAUUUACGUCGUGGUUUUAUCCAUAAAGGCAUUAUGGUUUUACCACGACAAACUUGUGGUCUAUAUACGCAUACGAUUUUUAUUGAUCGAUAUCCAGGUGGCCGUGAUAAAUUGGAGAAAAGCAUAUUCGGCGGUGAUUUAUUCUUUUCGUUCAUAUUCAAUCAGGUUAAUGUAUUCAUGACGCAUCAAUCCAACUAUGCCAAUGACCGUCUAGCUUUAUAUGUAUUUGAAUCUGUCUUAAAAUUCCUUCAAUGUUGGACCAAUUUAGAGCUACAUUCACUAUCACCAAUUCAAAUGGCCAAGAAAUAUUUUCAAAUUUACCCAGAAGAACGAGAUCCCAUUUGGACGAAUCCUUGCGAUGAUAAACGCCACUAUAAUAUAUGGUUCCCUAAGAAAUCUUGCUACCAGUUUCCACGAUUUUUAAUCGUAGGACCACAGAAAACUGGUUCUACAGCUUUGUAUACAUUUUUACAGCUUCACCCAUCAUUACUCACGAAUGUCCCAAGUAAUCGUACAUUUGAAGAGAUUCAAUUUUUCAAUGGUCCCAAUUAUUAUAAAGGUAUUGAUUGGUAUUUACAAUUUUUCCCAUUGUCAAAUCUGGAAGAUAAAUUCAACAUGACUACAUCACCAAUUUCAAACUCUACUCCUACCGUCAAUAAUGUAAAUGUUUCAGUUUUGAUACAUAAUCAACGAAAUUAUUUUGCUCGUACACCACCUAUUUAUACGGAAAAAUCAAUGCAUUAUUUUGAGAAAAGUAGUACAUACUUUGAUGGUGAACAGGUGCCGAUGCGUGUUCAUUCAUUGUUGCCGCAUACUCGCAUUGUGAUCAUAUUGAUUAAUCCAGCACUACGAGCUUACUCCUGGUAUCAACAUAUGCGCGUCCAUAAUCUAAGUGUUGCAUUAGAUUUUACAUUCUACGAAGUGGUUAGCCUCAAUAUUCCGAACAAACAUCUAAUAGAUAAAGUUACUAUGAAAAGAUUACAUGAUCUUCGGAAUCGAUGCCUCAAUCCUGGCAUGUAUGCCAUUCACAUUGAACGUUGGUUGUCUUUUUUCCCUUCACCGCAGGUUACAAUCAUUGACGGGGAAGAAUUACGAAAUAAUCCGAUAUCCGUUAUGGAUCGUUUACAGACAUUUCUUAAGCUUGAACCACACAUUAAUUAUCAUGAAAAGAUAAGAUUUGAUCACCAUAAAGGUUUCUUUUGUUCAAUAAAUCCAUCAACAAACGGCACUAAAUGUCUGGGAAAAAGUAAAGGACGACAAUAUCCAAAAAUUGAUCGAUUAGCUGUAAAAUAUUUACAUCGCUAUUAUUGGCAUCAUAAUUUAGCCUUAUCAAAAUUAUUAAAUCGAUUACGAAUCAGUUUACCGGAAUGGCUUGUUGCAGAACUUUCAAAAUUGUAGCUUUCAAAUCAAAUAUGUGAUCAAUAUGUUAACAAUCAUCAUAAAUAAUCAAAACAGAUUUUAAAAUU